AUGAAGAGAAUAUAUCAAGUGAUUAUAUUCAUUAAUGUGACAUUUCUAAUUUUUCUCUUAAUACAAUUCGUUGAAGCGAAUGAACGGACACAGGUGCACAGGGAAAAGCGAUAUUUAACAUUUAGGAAUAUAUCUCAUUUAUUUGUUCGAUUUAACUUCAGAGACAACGUGAUACCAUGGAAUCAACUAUUCGCCCACGCGGUCGGUUUUCGUAUGAACUUCGACGAACCCCCUGACUCUUUUCAUCCAUACCAUCAUUUGAGUCGACGUAAUGUUUAUAGGAAUAUAGAAAUAUUAUUGAACAAGAAUGGCUUGGACGGCUUUCAUUGUAUCCGUCGGACGAUAUGUGAGGUAAAUGAAAUAGACGAGCAAAAUGGAAUUUAUUUCAAAAUUCUGAAAAUGAUAUUCAGGCAACAAUCAUCGGAAACCGAGAAAUGGCACAAUAAAACUGACGAAAGUUGUCAAUUAUCGACGAACAAAUGCCCGUUUUCUAUGCUCGAUGUUUCACCUUAUACAGAUGUUUAA